GGCGCGGGGUUUGAGCGUGGUGGUCAGAGCUUAGCGGCUAUGGUACGGUGUACCUCCUAGCGCCCGAAGCCGGGCAGAGUUGGUCUGCUCUCCGCCAUUUGUCACUCAGGAGCUUCUGGGGCUCCUUGGGCCCAAGUGUCCUGCGGCAGCGGCGAGACGAGAACUGAUUUGUGGCCUGUUUGACACCUAGCACAGGCUUACUGGCCCAAGACAUUACUGAAAAUGCAUAUUAAAUCAAUCAUUCUCGAAGGAUUCAAGUCCUAUGCGCAAAGGACUGAAGUUAAUGGUUUUGACCCUCUUUUCAAUGCUAUCACUGGUUUAAAUGGUAGUGGAAAAUCCAACAUACUGGACUCCAUCUGCUUUUUGCUGGGCAUCUCUAAUCUGUCUCAGGUUCGGGCUUCUAACUUACAAGAUUUAGUUUAUAAAAAUGGACAAGCUGGAAUUACCAAAGCCUCUGUGUCAAUCACCUUUGAUAAUUCUGACAAAAAGCAAAGUCCUUUAGGAUUUGAGGUUCAUGAUGAAAUUACAGUAACAAGACAGGUGGUUAUUGGUGGCAGAAAUAAAUACUUAAUCAAUGGUGUAAAUGCAAAUAAUACCAGAGUACAGGAUCUUUUCUGUUCUGUUGGCCUUAAUGUUAACAACCCUCACUUUCUCAUCAUGCAGGGCCGAAUUACAAAAGUUUUGAAUAUGAAGCCUCCAGAGAUUUUAUCCAUGAUAGAAGAAGCAGCUGGAACCAGGAUGUAUGAAUACAAAAAAUUAGCUGCUCAAAAAACUAUAGAGAAAAAAGAGGCUAAGCUAAAAGAAAUUAAGACGAUACUUGAAGAAGAAAUUACUCCAACCAUUCAGAAAUUAAAAGAGGAAAGAUCUUCCUAUUUGGAGUACCAAAAAAUAAUGAGAGAAAUAGAACAUUUGAGUCGUUUAUAUAUCGCAUAUCAGUUUUUGCUGGCCGAAGAUACCAAGGAACGCUCAGCUGAAGAGUUAAAAGAAAUGCAGGAUAAAGUUGCAAAGCUUCAAGAAGAAUUGUCUGAGAAUGACAAAAAAAUAAAAGCACUUAAUCAUGAGAUAGAAGAAUUGGAAAAACGAAAAGAUAAGGAAAUUGGAGGUAUACUCCGAUCUUUAGAAGAUACUCUUGCAGAGGCUCAGCGAGUUAAUACUAAAUCUCAAAGUGCGUUUGAUCUCAAAAAGAAAAAUCUAACAAGUGAAGAAAAUAAACGCAAAGAGCUGGAAAAAAAUAUGGCUGAGGACUCUAAAACUUUAGCAGCAAAGGAGAAAGAGGUUAAAAAGAUAACAGAUGGGUUGCAUGCCCUUCAAGAAGCAAGUCAUAAAGAUACCGAAGCUUUGGCCGCUGCACAACAGCACUUCAAUGCUGUUUCCGCUGGUCUGUCCAGUAAUGAAGACGGAGCAGAAGCAACUUUUGCUGGUCAAAUGAUGGCCUGUAAAAAUGAUAUAAGUAAAGCUCAGACAGAAGCCAAACAGGCUCAGAUGAAGUUGAAACAUGCCCAACAGGAAUUAAAGAAUAAACAAGCUGAAGUUAAGAAGAUGAAUAAUGGCUACAGGAAGGAUCAAGAAGCCUUUAGGUACAGAAUAAAAAACAAAGUUAAAAAAGCCGUAAACAGACUUAAAGAAAAACUCGAAGUUGAGAUGAAAAAGUUAAAUUAUAAAGAAAAUAAGGAGGAAAGUCUUUUGGAGAAGCGCAGGCAAUUAUCUCGUGAUAUCAGUAGAUUGAAAGAAACAUAUGAAGCUCUCUUGGCCAGAUUUCCCAAUCUUCAGUUUGCAUACAAGGACCCAGAGAAGAACUGGAAUAAAAAUUGUGUGAAAGGACUUGUAGCUUCUCUGAUUAGUGUGAAAGAUAGUUCUGCAACUACAGCUUUAGAAUUAGUGGCUGGGGAACGGCUCUACAAUGUUGUAGUAGACACAGAGGUUACUGGUAAAAAGCUACUAGAAAAGGGGGACUUAAAACGUCGAUACACCAUAAUUCCACUCAAUAAAAUUUCAGCCAGAUGUAUUGCUCCAGAAACUCUAAGGAUUGCCCAGAAUCUUGUUGGCUCAGAUAAUGUUCACGUGGCUCUUUACCUGGUUGACUACAAGCCAGAACUUCAGAAAGCAAUGGAAUUUGUCUUCGGAACAACAUUGGUUUGUGACAAUAUGGAUAAUGCAAAAAAAGUAGCUUUUGAUAAAAGAAUAAUGACUAGAACUGUAACUCUAGGAGGUGAUGUAUUUGAUCCUCGUGGGACUUUGAGUGGAGGUGCUCGAUCCCAGGCGGCUUCUAUUUUAACCAAAUUUCAAGAACUUAAAGACGUUCAGGAAGAGCUGAGAAUCAAGGAGAAUGAGCUACGGGCUCUAGAGGAGGAAUUAGCGGGUCUUAAAAACACUGCUGAAAAGUAUCACCAACUGAAACAGCAGUGGGAGAUGAAAACUGAGGAGGCAGAUUUAUUACAAACCAAGCUCCAGCAAAGCUCAUAUCACAAGCAACAAGAAGAAUUAGAUGCCCUUAAGAAAACCAUUGAGGAAUGUGAGGCGACCUUAAGAAACACUGAAGAAAUCCAAAAAAAGGCAGAAGAAAAGUAUAAAGUAUUAGAGAAUAAAAUGAAAAAUGCAGAAGCUGAAAGAGAGAAAGAACUAAAGGAUGCUCAGAAAAAACUGGACUGUGCCAAAACAAAGGCAGAUGCCUCUAGCAAGAAGAUGAAAGAAAAGCAACAGGAAGUUGAAGCAAUCACUCUGGAGUUGGAAGAGCUCAGGAGAGAGCAUAUAUCUUAUAAACAACAGCUCGAAGCUGUAAAUGAAGCUAUCAAAUCCUAUGAAGGUCAGAUUGAAGUGAUGGCAGCUGAGGUGGCUAAAAAUAAGGAAUCAGCAAAUAAAGCUCAAGAAGAGGUGGCCAAGCAAAAAGAAGUGAUAAUAGCCCAAGACAAUAUAAUUAAGCUAAAUAUGCAGAAGUGGCAAAACAUAAGGAGCAAAACAAUGAUUCAGCUCAAAAUUAAGGAGUUAGAUCACAACAUCAGCAAACAUAAACGCGAAACUGAAGAUGCUGCAGCAAAGGUAUCUAAAAUGUUGAAAGAUUAUGACUGGAUUAACGCAGAGAAACACCUGUUUGGCCAACCCAAUAGUGCCUAUGACUUCAAAACUAAUAACCCAAAAGAAGCUGGUCAGAGACUUCAGAAGUUGCAAGAAAUGAAGGAGAAACUAGGAAGAAAUGUCAAUAUGAGAGCUAUGAAUGUUCUGACAGAAGCUGAAGAGCGGUAUAAUGACUUGAUGAAGAAGAAGAGAAUUGUAGAAAAUGACAAAUCCAAAAUCCUUGCAACUAUCGAAGACCUUGAUCAGAAGAAAAACCAAGCCCUAAAUAUUGCUUGGCAAAAGGUAAACAAGGACUUUGGGUCUAUUUUUUCUACUCUUUUGCCGGGUGCUAAUGCUAUGCUUGCACCACCAGAGGGGCAAACUGUUUUGGAUGGUCUGGAAUUCAAGGUUGCUUUAGGAAAUACCUGGAAAGAAAACCUAACAGAGCUUAGUGGUGGUCAGAGGUCUUUAGUGGCUUUGUCAUUAAUAUUGUCUAUGCUCCUCUUCAAACCUGCUCCAAUUUAUAUUCUGGAUGAGGUAGACGCAGCCUUAGAUCUUUCUCAUACCCAGAAUAUUGGACAGAUGCUACGUACUCACUUCACACAUUCUCAGUUCAUUGUGGUAUCCCUAAAAGAAGGUAUGUUCAACAAUGCAAAUGUUCUUUUCAAAACCAAGUUUGUGGAUGGUGUUUCUACAGUAGCCAGAUUUACUCAGUGUCAAAAUGGAAAGAUUCCAAAGGAAACAAAAUCCAAGGCAAAAGGACCCAAAUGAACACAUGUGGAAGGAUGUUAAAGUACAGAUUUACUCCAUCUUGACCUGUUUUUUAAACAAACUUUUAAGAACUUGAAGUUCAAUUUGUUUAUAUAAAAAUUUAAUCUCAUUUUGUUACUUAAUCUAUAUUUUCUCUUUAUAUAAUCACUUACAAACAGCAUAGACUCAUUAUCUUUUAAUUAAUUAGUUUAACUAUGGUCCAAUUACUGUGGUUGUGAUUUUAUGUAUAUCAUCAAAUAUUUUUUCUUAUCUUUUAUAUAUUGGGGAGCCUGAGAUAUGUGGUUGAUAGGAAAUUCUGUAUGUAAGAGCAAAAAUAUAAAAAAAUAGAAACUAAAUUAUAGGAUAAAUAUAACUAUGGUCAGCUUUUAAUUAGUUUUAUUCCUAAGGCCAUAUUAAUGUGUUUUCUAUUGCUAAUAAAGGCAUUUAGUAGGGAGGAAUGAUAAAGCAAGUAACCAAACCAACAGAGAAUGCAAAGGAAGAUAUUGUGCAUAUGCUGAGUAAGGCUGGGUCAGCAACUCACAAUGCCAAAUCUCUGACUGAAAUGGGAAAAGGACCUUGAAGGAUUUCUCAUAAUAAUGUUUGAGUAUCAUGUUUCUAUUUGCCUAGUAAUUGGUCUCUGUAACCUUAAGUCUUUAGGUUUUUAAGAUUUAUGAGCAUUUUAAUAGAUGUUUAGAAGGAGGUUUGUUGCAUACUACUCUCUCCCUAAGUUUAUCUGAAGUCUCCAAAUAUGUUCAAAGAUUUUUUUCAUAAUCCAAUCAGUAAUAAUGUCUUGGUAGAUAAUGUUUUGGUAGAUAAGAAUAUAGGAACUAGCAGACCCAAUCAAAUUUAUCUUUUUUCUUCAGUCUGAUAAAUAUAUACAUCAACCUAUUCUGCCAAAAUAACUCAAAAGUUUGGUGAUUCCAAUUUUCAGUGUUUUCUGCUUUCCAGUGUAAAGGACUAAAAUUUCUUUAGAACUACAAAGAUGCAGCUCACAAACACCUUAAGGUACUAUCUAUAGUAUUUCUAGGUACAUCACCAAAACAAUAUCUCUAAGCUCUGAAUCCUAAAAGCUUCAGUGUGGUCUAAACUGAUCUUGGAUGUGUUAUAUUGGCCUCGCAUCCCUUCUUGAUAUUUGAGUCUUCCUUCCUUGGUGUUGUUAUAAUCCUUUCCCUGAUAAAUGCUCACAUUUUCUGGUAUAGGUUUGAAAUUUUUCAUCCUUCAUUUUCAUUAUAUAUCUGAGAUGUCAGGGAAAAUGAAGUAAUUGAUACGAUGGGACACAUUGGAAAGGAUCGAAUCUGAAAUUAGUUCUGUAUUGUGGGAGGGAGGAAGAUAAAGCUAUAAAUGCUGAAUUGUCGAAAGUCCAGAAUCAUAGGUAACAUAUACAAAGUUUUUCGUUUGCUUUCAGCUCUAUUGCAAACUAUUUGCCAAAAUAGAUACAUCAUUCUAUACACCAAUAAAGAAUAGUAUACCAGUCUGACCACAAACUAGUCAGUACUGGCUGCUAAUUUUAAUAUUUCUGAUUUAAUAUUUAUAAAAUGGUAUCUCAUUGCUAUUGUAGCUAGCAUUUUAACAAUAACUUGUGGGGUUGAAUAUUUUGCCAUAUGUACUAAUUUCCUUUCCUCUGCUGCAAAUGUGCUGCUUGUGUGUUUUCCCAAUUUUUGUCUUCUCUGUAAUUUUGCUCUUGUAUGAAAAUUCUGAAAUAUAUAUGAAGUUUUUGCUAGCA